CCUGACCUGACCUACUCUCUGUUCCGUUCAGGUGCUGGUGUGCGACGACCUGGUGGACAGAGGGAUUGCAAACCAGCCGUGUGCUUCAUGGACCUGAGACUGCUUCACUCCUGUCCGGCUCCCUGUUUCACCCACUCUCACUCCACGUUUUCCUUCAGGUUUGACUAGCCUCCCUAUAAUGGGCGAAAUGACGACGCCUGAUUUCGAUGACCUGUUGGCAGCCUUCGAUAUCCCCGAUUUGGACCCCCAGGGCAGCAUUGAGUCGGGCCAAGAGGAAGCCCCCUUGAAGCAGACGGCCAGCAGCAAGGCGCUGUCGGUGGAGCUGGCCCCCAGCCUGCCGGACGAACCGGUGGUCAGCGUGAUCGUCAAGCACAGCGUCAGCCCCAAACGCUCGCCCGGCCACCAGAAGGAGCCGCACCACUUCGACAGCAGCGUGCUGCACAACGGCUACGAGUCCGCACCGAAUCCCGACUCCCCCGAACCGGAGUCCCAGGCCUCCGCCUGCCAGGGCUGGCUGAAAGCAGCCCGGCCUGAGGCAAUGGAGGGCCUGCCUCCCUUUGAGCCGCCCGCGAGGAGCGAGGAGGGGGAGCACCAGACCCCUCCCUUCCCCCCUCGCUCACCGCUCUUCCCUGUCCCCGCGGCCUCCGAGCUCCAAGCCGAGGAGCAGGAGAAGGAAAACGGAGCCGUCGGGUCUUCGUCCUCGGACGACGAGCUGGAGUUGGCGGAGGAGGAAGAGGAGGAGGAGGAGGAGGAGGAGAGGCAAUCCGAGGUGGAGUCGGAGGAGAUGGAGCAGAGCAGCGACCAGGAGGGCAGCUUCCCCGACGCGCCAAGGGGUGAUGGCAUCACCUUCGCUGCCCCUGAGUGCCCCACCGCUCUCUGGCCGGAUCCCGUCGCUGAUUCGGGGGCGGCGGGGGGUGCCGCUGUGAAGUCCCCCGAAGGGGAGGCAGAGGCACAGCCUCCAAGCCCCCCUGAGUCCCCGGCGAUGGCUAAAGGGAAUCCGUGCGGCCUGCCUUCCCCCCCGAGCCUUGGCCCCAAGCAGGGGAAGAAGCAACAGCAGCAGGCCGGCAGCCCCCGGAGUGUGACCAGCGACGACAGCAGCAGCAGCAAGGAGUCCUCCUCCACCAGCUCCUCCCGCCCCCUCAAGGUGCGCAUCAAGACCAUCAAGACGUCCACGGGGGGUAUCAUGCGAACCGUGACCCGGGUCUCGUCCGAUUCGGAGCCGCGGGCUGACCAGACAGAUGGCCUGGUGCCCGAGGGCGAGAUGGAGCCCAUGGAGGAAGGGCACGAGGGAGAGGAAGAGGCCGAGAGAGGCGGAGAGCAGCUCCCUCCCGACCCGGAGGUGCCCCCCCCAGCUCCCGAUCCCGGUGACGGUCCCGAGGUGGUCAGUCUGCAACUGGGCAACGGCACUGUGGUCAAAGGGACGGUGCUGCCCAAGUCCACCUUCCAGAACGCCAGCACCGCCAUGCUCAUGGCCGCCAGCAUCGCCCAGAAAGCCACGCUGGCACCGCCCAAGUCCCCGGCCACAGCUGCCAAGCCGGUCUCCAAGAGCGUCCACUUGGCCAGUCUGAACCUGGUGCCCCAGACCCUCCCUGCGACCACCCCUGCCAGGCCCUUGUCCCUGGCGCCCAAGUCUGCCACCACCACCACCCUCCAACUGGCCACCAAAUCGCCGGGUAGCGCGGUGGCACAGAAACCAGGGCAGGGUCCCUCUCGGAGCCCGGCCGCUCCCCUGGUGGAGGCUUUUCACAAGCUGCUGAAUGGGAGGAACCCGCUGCCCACCUACAAACCCAACCUCAACCCACCAGCGGAGAGCUGCCUGGCACUGCCGCCCUUGGGUUACCGGUGCCUGGAGUGCGGUGACUCCUUCGCCCUGGAGAAGAGCCUGGCGCGGCAUUACGACCGGCGCAGCAUGAGGAUCGACGUGACGUGCAACCACUGCGCCAAGAGAAUCGUCUUCUUUAACCGCUGCAGCCUAAUGCAGCACGCCCGCGAGCACAAGGACAAGGGGCUGGUCAUGCAGUGCUCCAACCUGGUCAUGAAGACCAUCAGCCUGGAGCAGAUGAUCGGCCAGCCGGACGUGUCUGCCGCACUGGCACCCAGCCGGCCCAGGAACGCCGCUGUGGACGCCGGCUCCCAGGCCAGCUCCUCCCCGGUGAUGCCCCUGUUCCCCGACCCCGCCCUCAUCAACUGCAGCAACUUCAACUGCGCCGAGUGUGACCAGCCCUUCGCCAACCAGCUGGAGCUGGCACUGCACUUCCAGGUCGGCUCCCCCAGCUCCGACAGUGCCACCAACAACACUGCUGCUGCCCAGGUGUGUCAGCUCUGUCAGAUGUUACUCCCCACAAAGUGCAGCUUCUUUGCUCACUACCGUCUACACAAGAGCAAGUCACCGUACAUCUGCCCUGAAUGUGGAGGGGUCUGUCGUGCUGCACACAUCCAGACCCACGUCAAAGACGUCUGCUGUCAUUAUGCCCGCAAGAUCGGAUACAAGUGCCCUCAGUGUGGAGUUGUGUAUGGAGGGAUUACCUCGAUCAAGUCACACAUUCAGGACGUGCACUGUGAGGCGUUCCACAAAUGUCCAAUAUGCCCCAUGGCAUUCAAGUCUGCCCCCAGUGCACACUCGCACAUCUAUACACAGCACCCAGGCGUUAGCAAUCAGCAGGCCAAAGUGAUCCAUAAGUGUGCCAUGUGUGAUACAGUUUUCACCCAUCAGCCACUGCUCAGCUCCCACUUUGACCAACACCUGACCAAGCAACGGGUCAACGUCUUCAAGUGCCCUCAGUGCCCAGUGCUUUACGCUCAGAAAAGGACCAUGAUGGAGCACAUCAAGAGCACCCAUUCCAACUUGAAGAGUGAGGAUGCAGCCCCCGGCUGGACCAUGCCACCUGAGAAAGGCACGGCCAAGUCCAGCCCGGACUCCACCGACGUCUCCACCGAUGAGUCUUCCACCAGCUCCAAGGCCGUGCUGAGCCUCCAGCGCAGGAAGGAGAUGAGGCUGAAGCUGAAGAACGCUGGCUGGACGUGUGGACAAUGCCAGAUGUGGUUCCCUGAGCGUGAGGAGUAUGUCACCCACAUGAAGAAGGACCACGGCAAGGCGAUGAAGAAGUUCCCGUGCAGACUCUGUGAGAGAUCAUUCUGCUCCGCUCCCAGCUUGCGAAGGCAUGUCCGGGUCAACCACGAGGGGAUUAAACGCGUCUACAGCUGCAGACACUGCAGCGAAGGCAAGAGGACGUUCAGCAGUCGCCUGACUCUGGAGAAACAUUUGCAAGUCAUUCACGGUAUUAACAUGGCAGACCACGCUCAGGACCAGGAGAAUCUCUUCGAGAGAGUGAGCAUUAAGACCACCAUUCGCAAGCGGCCGAGCUCCAGGGACGGGCCGGAGCACUGGGGCUCCGAAGGCGCCAAGACCCGGAAGCUGAACGGGAGCUCGCCUUUCCGAUGCAUGAAAUGUGGCCAGACAUGCAGCAGCUUCUCCGAUUUCCACAAGCACAUCGCCCAGCACCGAACCGGUGGCUCAUCGUUUCAGUGCCGUCACUGCGGGCUCUGCUUCGCUGCCCAGCUCUCGUUAAACCGUCACCUCUUCAUCGUGCACGGACUGAAAGAGUCCGGGGGGCCAAAGGGAACUGAGGACAAGGGAGACCCCGAGUGGAUCAAGCUGGAGGGCGGGGUGAUUUGCGACGUCUGCGGGAAGCUGUUUGAGAGCGUGCCGUUGUUAAAAACGCACUUUCGGACACACGGGAUGGCCUUUAUCAAAUCGAAGCAAAAUGGUCUGGAUAAGUAAGUGCCCAGUACGUCGAUGGAAGCUUACUUUCACAAGGAUGUUUUUAUUUAUAUAGUGCCUGGCAGGGUGAAUGCCAGAGAGCGCAAGGUCCCGAGAGGGGGAGAGCAAGUCUCCUUGUUUCAUUGUCGUCAUCUCCCACCCCCCCCCCUCCCCCCACCUCUUCUUUCGCAGUUCAGCCCUCCUUCUGGGUGACAAUCUGAGAGGGGGACGUGGGGGUUUUACUGGAGAGGGAGGUGUGGUUUACCCAGUCUGGUACAGAGCCCACAGACCUGGAAGGGACUGAGUCCCGUUCCCAGGCCGUAUGGAGUCUGCCCGAUCUCACCCUGGCAGCUGCCCAGUGCAGGAUGCCUCUGGGUAAGACCAAUCCCCUGUGUUCCUGUAGCCCCCCCCCCUUCCCUGCACCCUGUAUCACACAUUGAAUGGGGUAUUUAGUAAUCACACACAGGGGAGAAGGCACUUUGGUUUCUUGAGCCCAUUUCUGAACUAAUCCUGGAAUACUGUUGGUGAUACAUCCUUUCUGUGCCCGAAGGACCAAACAGGAAGGGGGCUGGCAGAGUGGAGCUGAUUGGUCCUCAGUAACCCAGGCGAUGGGUUAACAGCCUUGGAGUUUAUAUUUCCAGACCGUUCACCUUUCACUGUGGGUAAGCCCCCACAGCUGAGGUGAGCAAGUUUGGUAUUGAAUCACCAGUACUCUGCUCCUUCCUUCAUUUUACUGUCUCACUCGACCAGGACUGCGCCUGACCCAACAACAAGAGUGCCCCAGGCAGGGUGGAGCGUGGAGGUAGCUGUUUGUGUGUUCCCUCUUUCUUUCUCCCUCCUUUUUGGGAGUGGGGUGAGAUGGGUCAAACGGGGUCGCAGUGCAGCUGGGAGGCAGGUCCACAUACGUGAUUCCAGUGAGGACUGGAUCGGGUUCAGCUGCGAUGCCCUGUGAGACCACAGCCGACAUCAUCGCUGUGACGGCGCGACAGGAAGGCGUGCAAGGGUCGAAGGUAACGUGUUGGCGUUGGGGGCGCGCGCACGCAUAUCCCCGCACCCUGGGUCAGACGGUCGGGACCAGACCGACCUCCCGGACCCAGGGGAGACGGGUGAGGGAGCUGGGCUGGGGUCCAUCUGGUCUGCACUGUCCA